CCCCACUGCACUCCUACACUGGCUGACUGGACAUUAAGAUGGCUGCCGUUGCCAUGACACCCAACCCUGUGCAGACCCUUCAGGAGGAGGCGGUGUGCGCCAUCUGCCUCGAUUACUUCACGGACCCUGUGUCCAUCGGCUGCGGGCACAACUUCUGCCGAGUGUGUGUAACCCAGUUGUGGGGCGGGGAGGAUGAGGAGGACAGAGAUGAAUUGGAUCGGGAGGAGGAGGAGGAGGUCGGAGAAGAGGAAGAAGUGGAGGCUGUCGGGGCAGGCGGAGGUUGGGACACCCCCAUGCGGGAUGAAGAUUAUGAGGGUGACAUGGAGGAAGAGGCCGAGGAGGAAGAGGAAGAUGUGUUCUGGAGUAGUGGUAUAGGCGGAUCCAACUGGGACAACAUGGACUAUGUGUGGGAGGAUGAAGAGGAGGAGGAAGAUCUGGACUAUUACUUGGGGGAUGUGGAGGACCUGAGGGGGGAAGAUGAGGACGAGGAGGAGGAAGUGCUGGAGGAAGACGAGGAAGAGGAGCUGGACCCGAUCACCCAACUGCCACCACCUCCAGCCCCUCGGAGGUGCUUCACUUGUCCUCAGUGUCGAAAAAGUUUUCCUCGGCGGAGCUUCCGCCCCAACCUGCAGCUGGCCAACAUGGUCCAGGUGAUUCGUCAGAUGCACCCGACCCCUGGCCGAGGAAGUCGUGUGAAUGAACAGGGCAUCUGUCCGAGACACCAAGAAGCCCUGAAACUGUUCUGUGAGGUGGAUGAAGAAGCCAUCUGUGUGGUGUGCCGAGAAUCCAGGAGCCACAAACAGCACAGCGUGGUGCCAUUGGAGGAGGUGGUGCAGGAGUACAGGGCCAAGCUACAAGGGCAUGUGGAACCACUUAGGAAGCACCUAGAGGCUGUGCAGAAGAUGAAGGCCAAGGAGGAGAGGCGGGUGACAGAGUUGAAGAGCCAGAUGAAGGCAGAGCUGGCAGCUGUGGCCUCAGAGUUUGGGCGGCUAACACGGUUUCUGGUGGAAGAGCAGGCAGGACUAGAGCGGCGCCUCCGGGAGAUGCAUGAAGCUCAGUUGGGACAUGCAGGAGCAGCAGCCAACCGCCUUGAGGAGCAGGCUGUCCAGCUAAGCCGCCUGCUUGCUGAGGCCCAAGAACGGAGCCAGCAGGGGGGCCUGCGGCUACUGCAGGACAUCAAGGAGACUUUCAAUAGGUGUGAAGAAAUACAGUUGCAGCCCCCCGAGAUUUGGUCCCCUGACCCAUGCCAACCCUAUAGCCACGACUUCCUGACAGACGCCAUCGUGAGGAAAAUGAGCCGGAUGUUCUGUCAGGCUGCAAGAGUGGACCUCACAUUGGACCCUGACACAGCUCACCCAGCCCUGAUGCUGUCCCCUGAUCGCCGUGGGGUCCGCCUGGCCGACCGUCGGCAGGAGGUUCCUGAACAUUCCAAGCGCUUCUCGGCCGACUGCUGUGUACUGGGGGCCCAGGGCUUCCGUUCUGGCCGGCACUACUGGGAAGUAGAGGUGGGUGGGCGGCGGGGCUGGGCAGUGGGUGCUGCCCGUGAAUCAACCCAUCAUAAAGAAAAAGUGGGCUCUGGGGGGUCCUCUGUUAGUGGGGAUGCCAGCUCCUCUCGCCAUCAUCAUCGCCGCCGCCGGCUCCACCUGCCUCAGCAGCUCCUGCUCCAGCGGGAAGUGUGGUGUGUGGGCACCCACGGCAAACGGUAUCAGGCACAGAGCUCAACAGAGCAGACACUGCUGAGCCCAUGUGAGAAACCACGACGUUUUGGCGUGUACCUGGACUAUGAGGCUGGGCGCCUGGGCUUCUACAAUGCGGAUACCUUAGCCCACGUGCACACCUUUUCAGCUGCCUUCCUUGGCGAGCGUGUCUUCCCUUUCUUCCGGGUGCUUUCCAAGGGUACCCGCAUCAAGCUCUGCCCUUGAUUAGCCUGCCACCCGCAGGGGCCCCUCUGGCCAUGGCUGGGGGGGCGGGUGGUGGUGGAUGGUUGCCCACUAUGUUUGGGAGCUCAGGCUCCUCCCACUGUUUGUUACCGAGUUGCUUCCUGCUCCUCCUUGAACCCAGGCUGCUUCUCCCUAUAGGAGUCAAAAAACUCACCUUGACUCCUCUGGCUCAGUUUUUCUCACCUAAUUUGUCUGACAAGGUCUGCAUGGAUCCCUGGAUAAUGAACAGCUGUCUGACCUUCCCUCCCUGUAUGCCUAGCUCAGUCCAGCUCUGGUCCCAGUUUGUGGAGUAGGGGGAUGAACAGAGAUUAUGCUCUUAUU